AUGUCGCGUGCCGUUCACCAAGUCCCCUUCGCAGACCCCCCUUGGCUAAGAGGUGCCCCGUCGCCGUAUUUCAACGCGUCGCAUCGCAGGUUCCAGGCUGCUUGUCGCGAAUUCGUCGAUGAGAACCUCAACAAGAAUGCUCUCGACUGGGAAACAGCAGAGGAGGUGCCGUCCAAUUUAUUCGAGGUCUUUGCAAAGGGUAACUUUAUCCUGCCGUCUUUGCCAGCGCCUUUACCUGUAGAAUGGCUCCGAAAGCUGGGCAUAACUCACAUGCCCGGCCAGGUACCUGUGGAGGAAUGGGACAGUUUGCACACAAUUAUAUAUGCAGAUGAGGCUCCAUCACCACUGGCGUUGCUUUUGGUAUCCCCCCUCUGUUGCAUUAUGCAGAGCCUCAGCUGCAAGACAGAUUCCUCCCAGAUCUCUUACUCGGGCGAAAGAGAAUCUGUAUCGCUAUUACGGAGCCAGAGUGGGUUCAAAACUUCGCUCAGUGAGAGCUUUACUGAUCUCAUCUCUAGUGCUGGCUCUGACGUCGCCAACAUUACCACGACGGCUACUCUCAGUGGCAACGAGUAUAUCAUCAACGGGACCAAGAAGUGGAUUACCAAUGGAAUGAUGGCAGACUAUGCUAGCAUGGCAGUCCGAACUGGUGAGGAAAACUCUGGGGGAAAAGGCAUUUCUUUAAUCUUGGUCCCGCUUAAGAACUAUCCUGGCGUGACAAGGAGACGACUCAAAGUUGCGGGACAGAUUGUGGCUGGAACUUCCUUUAUCGAACUUGAUGAUGUGAGAGUCCCACGGGAAAACCUGAUCGGGCGUGAGAACGAGGGCAUGAAGUACAUCAUGCACAACUUUAACCACGAGCGUAUGUUCAUCUCUGUUGGUGUCACUCGUCAGGCUCGAGUUGCCCUGAGCAGCGCCUUCGCAUAUUGUCUUCAGCGCAAGGCAUUCAAUAAGACUCUCAUGGAGCAACCCGUGGUACGUCACCGACUGGCUAAAUGUGGCGCAAUCCUGGAAGCGCAAUGGUCCUGGGUAGAAUCAUUUGCAUACCAGCUCUCCAAGAUGCCCAAGGAAACAGCAGACCAAGAACUCGGCGGUCUGACCGCUCUGUGCAAAGCCAACGCCGGCAUUGUUCUUGACGAGUGUGCAAGAUGCGCUGUUCUGUUGUUCGGAGGCAACGGUUAUACGCGUACGGGUAAAGGAGAGAUUGCUGAGAAGAUUUAUCGAGAAGUGCCUGGGGCCAGGAUUCCUGGUGGAAGCGAGGAUGUUCUGUUGGACUUGGCGGUUAGGCAACUGACCAAGCCAUUCCGUGCACAAUUGGCCAAAGACACAACCCAAGCCAAGAUUUAA